AUUGACUUUAUCGACCGCCGCUACUGACACUACUCACAAGACUCUGAGGACUUUGUAGCACUAUACACCCUGUUAGUGACAGCCAGAGCAACCCCUUCACAGUCCGCCAACACACCAACUAUCCCGACUGAAACCCAGUCUUGUCGUCUCCCCGGUCCAUGUCAAACUUCGGCGAUAACAUGAGAGUAAUGUCCACUCCCAGCGCCACAAUGGGAUCGAUUUCUGCCCCAACGCCGCGUAUGGGACCGCCGUGUUACCCAGACAACUUCACCGGCUUCACGGUGGAGCAGCAGAACGAGUUCGCUGAGCGUCUAAAUGGACAGUUGCUGCUCCUUGACAAGAUCGGGGACAUUCAAGUGCCACGGCUGUUUCCCCUUCUAUGGCUACCUGUCACGAGAGCAAGAGAAAUGCAGCCAGAAUAUGAUUCGAGGACCGAUCUCGUGUAUCUCCUCUCGCGCUUCCCGCCUGCUCCGUGGCACCCUAUCUACGAGGAGUUGAAGCACAGGUGGGAGCGAGAGCGUCAACAGCAGGAACAAGCCGCCUACUGGGCCCACUGCCAGCAGGCACAGAUGCAUGAGCAGCAGCUGGCGACGGGUCAUCAACAGAUGCCGUCGCCAUACGCUCAUCCGCAUGAACAUGAGAUGGGUGGUCCCAGUAGCCAGAGCGCGCAGAUGCCCAAUCAAUACUCGCAGGCCAGAAAUCUGGAGGAGAUAACUGCUGCUGUCAUACGAGCCGCCCGAAGACGAAGCCGGGAUGAGACGGCAAUGGAGAGGGUAGACAGCGAUGUCGAUAAGUCGGGCUCGAACGAUGUGUCCGGCGCGCCCCAUGCGGCGACCGGGCUUGAAGAGACUUCGGCGCUCAGCGCAAAUUUUGAUCCAUCUUUGGACGAUAUGCUUCCGGAGGAGUAUGGUCGAUGGUCGACUGUGUUUGUCGAGUGAUUUUGGAACACUGCAUCACACCGCGAGUCAUUGGAGGUAAGCAGCGAUGCGGUAUCCGGCUUCGACUCUCGUGAACCUAGAGAGAUCAAG